AUGAAGGUCUUAAAUCCUGAUAACACAAUUUCUAUGAUAGACCCGUCUCUGCUGAUGCGGCCAGAAAAGGUCUACGAUGGAAAACCUUUAGAAGCUUUCCGCGACUACUCGAUCGACGAGCAGGACCCCAUUAAAGAGCGUGUCAGAAAAACUUACUACGAUAUGCACACCAACAUGACAGUUGACUUUGUUAAAGGUAAAAUGAAUAAGUGGUUAAAGUUUAACCACUUCAAGUCGACAGUGAAGGACGCUCUGAUCAAACUGAACGAGCUGGUGGACGAGUCCGACCCUGACACCGACCUGCCCAAUAUCGUGCACGCCUUCCAGACCGCGGAGAGAAUUCGAGAAGACUAUCCUAAUGAUGAUUGGUUCCAACUUAUUGGAUUAAUACAUGAUCUUGGAAAGGUGAUGGCGUUCUACGGCGAACCACAAUGGUGCGUGGUUGGCGACACCUUCCCUGUGGGCUGCAAGUGGGGCAAGAAUAUAGUUUAUGGUGACGACAGCUUUAAGAACAACUCGGAUACAUAUAAUGACAAAUACAAUACUUUAUACGGAAUCUACAAACCGAAGUGUGGUAUUGAGAAUUUAAUGAUGUCAUGGGGACACGACGAGUACCUGUACAGGGUGCUCAAGCAUAACAAUGCCAAGUUCCCAGAAGAAGGAUUAUGGAUGAUCAGAUACCAUUCCUUCUACCCGUGGCACGCGGGCGGUGACUACAGUCAAUUCUGCACUGAAAGGGACGAUAAAAUUAAGGAGGCCGUACUUAAAUUUAACCAAUAUGACUUAUACACAAAGAGCGCAGCGCUACCCGACAUCGAGGCACUAUGGCCCUACUAUGAGUCUCUCAUCGAGAAAUACAUUCCCGGUGAGCUUGAAUGG